ACGUCGCUCCUGCUCUCGCCUUCUUCCCCUGCCGCUGCUCACCCCUGCCCUGGCACCCAGCACAGCCCGCGCCUAGCUGCCCUGCUCUUAUAGGAAGUGGACACACCAUGUCCUUUUUGGCUUCCCUGCCAUCGAGCAGGUGCCGAUGAGGUGCUUAUUUGAGCAUCACUUUUACCCAGGUAUCUCUUCAGCCUGGGCUUUCUCUCCCUGAAGAUUUGGGGAGAGAACUUAGGACUUGGCUCCUAAAUGUCCUACGGUCCAAAUCCAUGUACUAUCCCUCAUUGUAGAGCAGUUGAAUCAGCUGCAGUUUAAUCUCCUGACAGCUGGGCUGUCCUUUUACUCCGUUAGCCUUGACUCUGGCCCACCUCUGGGAAGGGCAGGCUCUGACUGGCUGUGUCUACCAGGCCAGGUCAUCUGACGUAAGCAGCUGGGCAGGUCUGCCUGUUUCUGGAUGUGGAGAAAUUGGGGUUGAGAAACAGUAUUACUGAGAUCUGAGGAUGCUGAGACUUCCUUGUUCUAGAGAGCUCUUCUCAGGCUUUCCAAGUGUGUGUCUAUGGUGACAGCUAUCUCGUGCUGAGAGGCUGUUAGGGACCUUUCUUACCUCUGGAGCAGAGUCUUCAGCAUAUCUGACUUGCUGCAGGCAGAGAGCUGUGCAAGCAGGGCUACUGUGAGCUCUUGCCCAGUUAGCUGGUAUCGGUGCCUUCCCAAAUGCUGGAAACCUUGAUCCCAAUCAGCUUGGUGAACUUUUGUGGCAGACAUGUUUGUAGCAUAGCUGUUUGUGCUUCUGACAGCUGCUGUGCUUGGGCAGAGGGUCCUGAUCUCUGGCUUUUGUUCACCUUUCAUCCCCUGUCUCCUUCCUUUCUGCCCCAUCAGUCUGGUCCUGCUAAGCAAAGAGCCUGAGCAGAUCCCCCAGCCUUGGGGCGAGCUCCCAAGGCAGUAGUGAAGGGCUGGGGAGGGGGAGACUUGUGUGGAGCCUAGCUGGGCACUGAAAGCAUGCUGCUUGCCCCUGGGGGGGGCAGCAGCUUUACAGAGCAAGAAGUGUUUGGGUGAGCAAAGAGUUUCACUUGGUUGUCUUUAAUUGAGAGGCAGCCAUGAGGUUUUGGAAGAGGAUCUGCUACUGAUGAAUGAACAUGCAAACUCCAAAUUUGAAGCUUUGGCUGCGUGUAAUUUCCAGUAGAAGACUAGCUCGGCAGUAGAUGAGCUUUGGGGUGUAUUCAGAGCAGGUAUAAACUGUCCAUGCUUUGCUAAUGUUGCAAGAGCUCUGACAAACAGACUCGCUACCAGCCUGUUCCAGGAGUCUGUCCUGCCCUGUACCCUUUCUGACAGUUACUGUCGCCCCCUGCUCCAGAGAAGGAUGCCAAAAACCUGUUGCCUAUAGGAGGCAUGCUCCUUAGCCCCAAGGUAUCACUUGGCCUCAUGAUUGCUGGUCCUUCCCAUGGUACCCAAGCGCUCUUGUUCUCUACGCUGGAGCUGAGUCGGGUCCCAUUAAAAGAUAAAUAGGCUUUAUUUUUCUCUGGAACAUAAAAGCUCGGUCUAAACUCCUAGUCAUUACCCAUUUUGGAGCGUCAUCCUGUGCUGGUGACACUUACAAAUGAGAGUCUCUCAUUUAAGUCUAAACCUGAUAGUGUCUGCAAAAUAAAUAAAGCCCAAGUGCUUGAAUCAUGGUUUAAAAUGCUGAACUACUUAAACUGCUGAGUCAUUUGUGUUAAAGGUUCUAAACCUACCUUGAGUGUUUGUGCUAUUGCAACUUUUGUUAAUGAUAAUCUGGAUGAGAAAGGUGGUUUUAGAUGCUAUGGCUGGUAGGUGCUCACACAAGUGCUUGAGGGGAAACCAAACCAUGGCAGGUAGAGGCCCUUGAGAGGCUGCGUAACUUCCCUUGCCUCAGAGGACAGAGGUGAUGCACAGGGCAGUCAAAAGCCAGACCUGUGUUUUUACAAAGUCAAAGUACCACGAACUCUCACUUGGGAACCCAAAUUGUGAGUGAUUUAGGAUUCAAAGAGAUCUCCAGUUAACAAAGCUUUCACAAGCAUCUUUGUAUGCAUAGGCCAAGAUUUGAAGCAACUGCAGUUAAGCACUCCUGCCCUGAAGCAUAGGCCAGAUGUUGCUCUGCCAGCUCUGCAGGCGUGCGGAGGCUUGUGUUGGAGCCAAACUCUUCUUAGAGCAAUGGUGUGCAAGGUGACAGGACUCUGCCUGUGUCUGACCCCUGUGCCUGCGCACGGCAGGCUCUGGGAUCUCAGUAAACUUGCUGAGGAGGGAUCUGGGGAUAGGAGUUGUCCCUGAGCCCUGAGCAAAGCAGCCUUCAUGCUAACUGCUGUGCGCAGUGGUGUGAUGACCUUCUGUGCCUGGUGGGGAUGCAGUCACUGGGACUGGGCUCUGGGAGGUCCCACGGCCUUAGGCCUGUUGUGAUUGCAAAGGCCCGUUGGGAAUAGCAGCCCCUCGGAGAUGCACGGUCAAGGUGCUGGGCAGGGCAGCAUUGCCACAUACCUGCCUGGCCAGGAGCAGGGAGCAAAGUCCCAGCUGCUGGAAACACUACAUGGCUGAACUUAACCCUGUGGGCUCUGCAGAGAGCCCAGGAGAUGGGGAGGGCUGAAUGCCCAGGGAGCACAGCUCCUCCAGGAGGGCUGGGGCCUGCUCUGGGGUGCUGCCACAUCAGUGCUUCACUUGGCCUGCUGAAAGCCCUCGCGGUUGAUGGCAACAUGCAUGCUGCCCAGACAAGGCUCUCCUGAGCCAGUGCUUCUUGCUUUGGUGCUUUGGCGGGUUUGGUGUGGUGGCAAUCACCAGUCACUGUUUACCCAGCUGUGGGCCAGAGCUGAUAAUGGAGCUGAUCCCUCUGCCUGCUGCUGCAGGGGCUUCGGGGCCAGUGAAUCCUUUGCCAUCCCUGGAUAAAUGAGACUGUCUGUACAAAGCAGCUCUUGCUGGUGGGUUGAGUCUGCAAUGACUCCCCAGACUGUCAGCAAACGAAGCAGGCUCUCUCCUCUCCUGUAAACUGGUGAGCUAGCUGGCUCUCGUGUACCCUAUCACCAGGGCAGGCAACACUGAGCAGACUGCUUGGGAACAGCCAGUCUCUGGGUAGGAAGGAAGAGCUUUUGUCGUUCCCCCCCCGCUGCAAACGGAUGCUCCUGACAGGCCCGGUGGGAAGGUGGCCCUGAUUCCAUGUGUUCGCAGCCCAGCUGACAGGGAAGCAGUGCUGUGAAGAGGUGGCCUUGUGGGCUGCUUGGAGCAGAGGUGGGCAGACUGAACUGCGGGACCAUCUGCAAUGUUUUAAUGCUGAUCUACUCCCUCCCCUCCAUGCAGGCAAUCAGGAGCAGAUGACUGACCCCAGCCAGGACGGCCAAGAAAGGAGCCCAGCUCAGGAGCGCUUGGAGGAUGCCGUGCCUGGGGAGGAGAAGCAUGGGGAGCAAGUGCCAGGAGGUGGGCUGGCUCCUGCCACCGAAGUGCUUGAGGGUAGCCAGGUGACCAGUGACUCUGAGGGGGAAGUUUACUGUGAUACCUUGGAGCAGAUGGAGCCUGACCAGGCUGGGCAGCUGCUGGCCAAACAGGGUCUCUCCCUGAACAGCAUCGAGGCUGGGCCUGAGCCCCCAGCGCCCCGCGCCGCUAGGGAGGGAGAGCGGGAUGAAGGCAGAAGACUAGAGGGGAAGAGCAGCACUGGCCUCGCAGGCCUUGGCUCUGAGAGAGAUCUGCAGCUCGCUGCAGGAGAGCAGGAUCCUGAGCUGGCCCACAUGAGCCAGGAGAUGUUGGAGGAGCUGGAUGCGCAGGUGGCUGGCACCGUCCGAGCCCUGCAGGAUGACAUGCAGCGAGUGCUGGAGAGGCUGAGCCAGCUGGAGACGCUUACCUCUGCGCAGCUGGAUGUGCCUGAGGCCGGUCCUGACCAGCUGCUUGCUCCGCAGGCAGCGUUCCCGUGGCCCCUGGCCGUGUCCCCUCGCACCCUGCUCUUCCUUAUCGCCUGGCCCUUUGUCGCCCAGUGGCUGCUGCACCGCUUGCAGGCCAGGAAGAGGUGACUGCCUGCGGC